AUGUAUACUUCAGCAUCUACUCUUGUCACCGUCGUCUCCUUCGGACUCCUUGCGCGAGCUCUGCCCACUGCUCGCUCGCGCAACGAAGUUCCAAUAACGUUCUACGCGGCUGGUGGUGUGCAGCUCACCCAGAGCUUUUCCACCGACGGAGCUCCUGUUGCCAUCAACAACGGACUGAGCAUCUCCCGCAUCUCAUCCAGCACCCCGGAUGUUACAUGUGUCUUCAGCGGCAUAGACCACAGCAGCACCACUGUCCCAGGCGCCGCGGUAGUAGAUGUCGGGCCUCCGCAGGCUCAAACCCAGGGCUACUGCUUCGUGAGCUACGCUUCAUCAUCGACCCCAGCGAGCUCGUGGGUACCUUCGCCGUCCGCCACUCCGCCAACCCUGAUCCAGCCCGAUGACGCGUGGACAAUCUGGGCUCAGCCGACAGAGACCCCGUCAGUCUCGCGUCGGUCCAGGCAGGACUUGCCGGUACCAGGCCAGGGCUCCGGCGAUGCGCCAGAACUGGCGGUUGAGGAUCCACCGACUUUUGCCCAGGAGCCGGAGGAGCCCUCCACUACUACUCCCUCUUCUGAGGAGAUUACCUCGCCGCCUCCUAGUUCUCAGGGACCGGUUGUUACAGACCCGUUGCCGGGCGAUUCGACUGCGCCGUUGACAUCCUCGUGCUCGACUACACCUUCCCCUGUGGUCACCUGCACCACGACUCCGUCACCUAUAUCGUCUUCAACUAUGACUCCGUGCCAUGAGUGCGAAUCUACCACGACUCCGUCGGUUGGAACCUCCUGCACCACGACACCUUCGCCUGUGACUUCUUGCACUACGACUCCCUCUCCUGUGACCUCCUGCACCACGACUCCCUCGCCCGUGGUGUCGCCCACUACGACGCCAUGCAACGAGUGCGAGUCUACACCUGCCCCCUGUGUUGACUGCGAGCCGACCCCUACUCCCUGCAAAACCUGCAAAACGACCCCUCCUCCGUGUUCCGAGAAUCCUUGCGUCAACACGACCUGUUCCGACGACACCUGCCACAAGAAGCCUUGCCCAGCGAAGCCCUGCCCUGACGGCAACUGCCCUGACGACAACUGCCCCGAGGGACCCUGCACUGAUCCAUCGCCCACCCCAGUUGAGUGCCCCGACGAUGGCUGCCACGAGGACCCCUGCCCCGACGAGAAGUGCUACGACCAUAACAAGCGGCCAUCAUACACCCCAUCUGAGCCCUCGGGAGACCACAUCGAGAUCACCUUCAACGGAGAGGUCAACGCCGACUUCGCCUAG